ACUCACAGUCGCAGCAUGUCUCCGUUCUGUACACCGUCCCUCAGCCGCCGUUUCCCCUGUCGGGAUACCUUGACGCUGUCGGUGUCAAGCCUACCGUCGUCGAGGCAGAGACCCACAGCACGUUCUUCUAUGACCAAGACUCCGGCGCCAUUUAUGCCAAAGCCGUCGUUGGCAUCACCGACUUCAUGCAUGACUCUACGUCCUUCCGUGCCUACAAGGCCAGCUGGACGCAGGAAUUUGGCCGGCGGGGAGUGGGGCAAGAAUAAGCAGCUCUACAAGGCCGUGCAGUCUGCGAACUGGGAUGACGUUGUUCUCGAUGACAAGUUUAAGGAUGGGUUGCGCCGGGACACGAAGACGUUCUUUGAGAGCAAGGAAGCGUACGUAUCCUUGAACAUCACCUGGAAGCGAGGUAUUUUACUUCUUGGUCCCCCCGGAAACGGGAAGACUGAGUCUAUCAAGGCUCUGCUACACGAGACCAAGGGUGCUGCUCCCUUGUAUGUUAAGUCUUUCACGACUUGCAGAGGUCCGGAAGAGGGCGUCCAAGCGAUCUUUGAACAUGCUCGCGCACACAAGCCAUGUAUCCUUAUCUUGGAAGACCUUGACGCGAUGCUCGUCCCUGAAGUUCGCUCGCUCUUCCUUAAUGAGCUCGAUGGCCUGGCUGACAACGAGGGCAUCUUGACAAUUGCGACGACGAACCACCCCGAGCGCAUCGACGAUGCCAUUCUAAACAGACCUUCGCGUUUCGACGUCAAGUACGAAUUCACUCUGCCUGACAUCGGGCUCCGAAAGGCGUUUGCUGUCAAGUGGCUCGGGAAAGUCAACGCCCUUGCAGCAAAUACAGGUAUCAUUUUCGAGAACCCGGAGGAUGUAGCCUCUGCCGUUUCCGACAAGACUGAAGGGUGGUCAUAUGCAUUCCUCAAGGAGCUCUUCGUCUCCUUCCUCCUGCGCUUGGCGCACGACAAGUCACUCCGCCAGACAGGCAUGGAUGUAUCCUCCGAGCCCGUCGAGUCUGUGCUCUUAAAGCAAGUCGAUCAGCUAGCGGCGCAGAUAACAAAGGGCGAAACGCCGGAAGAGGCGAAGGGGUCUGG